AUGGACGAUUCGGGAAUGUACGUCUUACGUGGCUACCAUUUCGGUGACGUCGCAGUGAAAUUUUUGAAUAUGAAUCACAUAGAGGAGUCGAAGCGCUUGGAUGAAUUUAAAUCUGAAGUCACAGCACAUAAGAAUACCCGACAUGAUAAUAUUGUUCUAUUUCUUGGUUACUGUAUUGAAUCGGAUAAAUUCGGGAUUGUAAUGAGCUUAUGUAAAGGACGUCCUCUCCAUUUUAUCCUCCACGAGAUAAACGAACCCGUCGAUUUAGGAACAGCUCUAAUUAUUGCUACUCAGAUAUGCCAGGGAGUCUCAUAUCUCCACACGAAAAAAAUUCUCCACAAGGAUCUCCGUUCUAAGAAUAUUUUCAUCGAAAGCAAGAACAAGGUGGUGAUAACUGAUUUCGGCUUGUUCAGUAUGAAGCGCUUAAGACAUCCGAGCAGGAAUAACACGAUGGUGGUACCUGUGCAUUGGUUAUCAUACUUGGCUCCAGAACUCAUACGAUCUCUAUGCGAAGACUGGCGAGAAUUACCAUUUUCUGAAAGUACGAUGUAUUUGCGUUCAGGUAUUACUGAUUACUCCUUCCUCACUUCUUGCUGGUAA